GUUAGAUCUUCUUUUCAAUAUCCAAAAAGCCUGUGAGCCAGUACAUGUCUACUUUGUCAAAUUUAACGAGUCCGAUCGGAUUGCCAUUACAGUCAAAGCUAUCUCAAAACACAUUAACUGCCAUGUGAAAAGGAAAAAGGCUCUCUGCUUCAACAGAUAAAUCUGCUCAAAAAAAAGGCACAGGGGGUAUCUUGAACGCAUGCAAAUGUCCAGCAAAGUUUUGUCGUACGCAACAGCGCCACAUCAUAUCAUCCCAGGCCCUGAAUGACCAAUUGUGUCAUCACUGUAUCCUCUGGCUCUCUCUCGUUAUUUUCCCUCUCAAUCUCUCUGGCCCAUCAAGAUCCAGAACAAGACGGUACAAACCAUCAUACCCACCCAGACCACAAAGCUGAUCCAACCCACGGCGAGGCAAUAAGCCGCCACACUCAGACUCAAGAGUACAAAGGCCAGGCAGACCAAAAGCAUCAACCACAUUCCCGAACCAAGUACGACAAUGCCAAAAACGACACUCCUCUCUCCGGCGGUCCGACCACCGGCACCUCCACGCCAACCUUUAUAGCCGCGGGUGAAAGCGUCACGGACGUGAUCUCGUUGAAACGUCAGGGCCAUCGAGGUCAAGGUGGCUAGGGCCAACGAGAGUGUGAAGAACAACCAUGACAAUGCGAUAAAGACUUGAAUCUCGGAAAAGUAAUGAUGAGGUGAACCGAACUAUACGAAAUAGAUUGUGUGAGUCAGGUACCGUAGUUUGAUGAAUACCCAACAUAACAGAUAGUCGAUGUGAAUGUGAUCAAACUUCCAAAGCCUGAUAUAAAAUAUACACCUGGGAUGAUUGUUUCUAGCCAUCUCAGGCCAGGAGGAUCACGAGGGUUUGCUGGUGUUGCCAUUUCAAGAGGUUGCAUCUAGCUGAAUUUUGAUUCUGAUCUUGGUUGGUGGUGGUGGUGAUGAUGAUGAUGCUGAUGUUUCGACUGAUAUGCGGUGAGUGAGUCUUUGACCCUUUUUCUUUUGUUUGUGAUCACACACUUUCCAAGGUAUUGCUUUUGAUAUCAAACAAGGUGAGGGAUCCAGCAAAGGUGUGAAGUGGCCGCCGGUCGGUAGUAACAGAUUACUCCCGCAGUUGCGUGAAUGGUACAGUCCCCUUGCCGUUCACAAAGAGUAUAUACUCGGUAG